AGAGCACCAUUCCGCGGCGGCCCGGUCGAGUAGUAUGGCGGUAGUUGGCGCGUGUGAUGUAGCGCGGAUGGUUGGUGUUGCAUAAUCGGCGAUAACCAGCUGUGACGGGAACGAGUGAUCGUGAGGGCGAGCGAGCGAGCGAGCGAAAGGAAGAAAGAAAGAAGGAAAGGAAAAAGCGUAAGGCAACAAGUCCUCGCGACGAUAACUUUGGCGACGUGUGACGCUACUAAAGCUCGACGACAGUGCCUCCCGCGGACCAAGAGAUAUGCCGCAGAGUGGAGGCGCGCGUUGCUAGCGGUAGCAAGGAUGCGGAAUCGGGCAUCGCUAAUCACGGAUCGGUAACGAACGGCGAGAAGCGGCGGCACGACGACAGCGUACCGCACAACAUGACGGCGAUCAAGGGCAGCGGCACGCCGGGCGCCCCGCGCCAGCUUAACGUCCUGAGCAACUUCAAAUAUGAGUACUUCGUCGCGGGCAUCUCGGGUGGCGUCGUCUCGACCCUGAUGCUGCACCCGCUGGACCUAAUCAAGAUCCGAUUCGCAGUGAACGAUGGUCAAACGAGGACGACACCGCAGUAUAAUGGACUUAGAAAUGCCAUCUCUCAAAUCGUGAAAACUGAGGGUGUGCGUGGACUUUACAGAGGCGUAACGCCGAACGUUUUAGGAUCGGGCAGUUCGUGGGGUUUUUAUUUCUUUUUCUAUAACACGAUAAAGACUUCGAUUCAAGGUGGCAAUUCGAAGAAACCUCUUGGACCGUCCAUGCAUAUGUUCGCUGCUGCUGAUGCCGGAGUGCUUACCUUGCUCAUGACUAACCCGAUCUGGGUGGUAAAGACGCGGCUGUGCUUGCAAUAUGCUGAGGACGUGAAUCUGGCGGAAUCCAAGAAGUAUCGCGGCAUGAUUGAUGCUUUAAAGAAGAUUUAUAAGACGGAGGGUAUUAGAGGCUUAUAUAAGGGUUUAGUUCCUGGGUUGUUUGGUGUUUCACACGGUGCGAUACAGUUCAUGGCGUAUGAAGAGAUGAAGAAUAAGUACUAUAAUUACUUGAACGUACCCAUCGAUACGAAAUUGAGUACGACUGAAUACAUCGUCUUCGCGGCGAUGUCAAAGCUGAUUGCUGCAGCAUCGACGUAUCCUUAUCAAGUGGUGAGGGCACGACUUCAAGAUCAUCAUCAUGAUUAUCGGGGUACCUGGCAUUGCAUCCAAUGCACAUGGAGGUAUGAGGGUUGGCAUGGCUUUUACAAGGGUUUAAGUGUAAACCUGACCAGAGUGACCCCGGCAACAGUUAUCACAUUUGUGGUCUACGAAAAUAUGUUUCAUUAUCUGCAAUCCAGACACACUUCGAUGGGAGAAACAAUCGCUGUGCCUGCGGUUAACAAACUGAAGGAUUAGAUAAAAUCAAGAGAUCUAAUGGAGCUUUAUUGAAGUAAUCUGGACGUGCUUGGAGUUGUACACAUUAUGUCUCUCUGAUGACAUACACACCCGAAGGAGUAAAUCAUAAUAAAUCAAAUUUUUUACUUUAGAAAAAUGAAGAUACAUAAAAAAGCACAAUAAUUGCAAUUUUUUUAUUAAUGUACUGCAAAGGUUGAAAUUAACAUAAGAAAGGCUACAAGUAUCAGAAAUAAUGAUUUCAAGAAAAACUCAUUUUUUCGUUAUUUAAUCUUUCUUUUAGGAUGAACUGGGAUAACAAAUAUUUCUCACUUUGAUUUUAUUCAAUAUAUUAUACAUACAUAUAUUAGAUAUUGAAAUGUCAUCCAUAAUCCUUCUGAACGUUGGCCCUUUCAUUCUAGUAAUUAAAUGAUAAUUGUCUUAAA